AUGAAGGAGGCCGACACUCGGAUCAAUGCGGAAGAGGCGGCCAUCCCGACCAUGGAUGAAAAGGUCGAUGGGCUGGUGGAGCUGGAGGGCAUCAGGAAGAACUGGACUCUCCGGAGCCUCAUCAUCAUCUGGAUCGCGGCUGCCCUGAUGAGCUUCGUCAACAAUCUCAACAACCACUCCUCCUCGACCUUUGUCCCAUUCGCCAUCAGCGAUUUCGGGUCGGCGCCCUUACUGGGCACCAUUGCCGUCGUGCAAGCGACCAUCGCCUCAGCUUGUCUACAACCUCUGGCGAGGGUUGCUGAUGUCUACGGACGACUGGAGAUGUUUGUGUUUUGCGUGGUGAUGUCCACUAUUGGAAACAUCAUGGUUGCCUCCUCGAAGAGCAUAAGUGUCUACGCCGGUUCUCAGGUGCUCUUUGUCCUCGGUUCGCAAGGAAUCUCACUGAUGCUUCAGAUUCUUGCCGGUGAUUCAAGCGAUAUGUACAAUCGCGCCCUCAUGAAUGCAAUUCCCUAUGCCCCUUCAAUUAUAACGGCAUGGUCUUCCGGUCCGUUUGCGACAUCAAUGCUUGAUCACUCGUGGAGAUGGGGAUUCGGAGUGUUUGCGAUUCUGAUUCCCGUAGUUGCCAUUCCUAUGCUGGGAAGCCUCUACUACAGCAAAGUUAAAGCUAAUAAGCAAAGAAAAGCUGAAGGUACAUAUCAGCGCAAGAACUACCUGCGGAAUUUCCUUCGACUCGAUCCGGUGGGCCUUAUCCUCUUUGCAGCGGGGCUUUCGCUCCUACUUGUUCCAUUCACGCUAGCUGCAAGCUCGUCGAAUAGAUGGGGCGCAACGCAUAUCAUCGUCAUGCUCGUCAUCGGCCCCGUCAGCUUAGCCACGUUUGUUGUGUGGGAGAUUUGGGGGGCCAAGUGGCCCCUGCUCCCUCUGAACCUUCUCAGGACCAGGACCGUUAUUUUUGGUGUUAUAGCCAGUAUAAUUGACUAUACGGCACUCUAUCUUCUUCAAAACUACAUAAUAACCUAUGAGUUGGUCGCAGCCAACUUGUCUACCACCACGGCGACGAAUAUCUUCGUCAUUAUCCCAUUCAUGGGCCCAAUCGGCCAAAUCUCGGCCGGAUUUCUGGUCAAAUAUACAAAGAGAUACAAGUGGAUUUUGGUGUCUGGAUACGCGUUGACUAUGCUUGGAUUGGGUUUGUCGUACAGGUAUAUCAAUGGGCACGACCACAUGGCCGCACUGGUCGUUUCGCAGAUUAUUAUCGGGUUCGGGUCCGGAGUCAUCAACACUAUGCAACUUGGAAUGCAGGCCUCCGUUAGCCAAUCUAACAUGGCGGCGGUCACCGCGCUCUUUACAGCAUCUCUCGGCGUCGGCAGUGCCGUCAGCGGGGCUGUUGGCGGUGGAGUAUGGACCGAGCUUCUUCCUCGCAAUCUCGGCCGCAACCUCCCCGACGAAGCUCAAAGUCAACUUCCUGCAAUCCUAGGGUCAGUUGUGGUUGCGACGAGCUUUGAAUGGGGCACGCCUAUCCGCGACGCAAUCAACAAGUCCUACCACGACACCUUUCGCACACUGCUGCUGAUCGCGGUCAUUUUGCAAGCGUUUGCAAUCGUUGCUGGGAUCCUGGUUGAAGAUCUUAACAUCAAAGAAGUUGAUGAAGCGAGGGAGUACGAGGGAAUGGUCAUCGGUAAGACUGGGGCGGUGGAUGCCGUGAAGAAUAAGGCGAUGGAUGGCGUGGGGAACACUUUUUGGGUAUAA